GAUUCCUACACAACCCUAUCACAGUAGCUUUUCUCGAGGUUCGGAAAGUCCUUGAAGUGAUGAUGUGGAUCGACACAUGUGUCUGCCUUCCUUUGACCUUACUGAUGAUCUACUGUGUGUGUUGUGUGGUGCGAAGGAGUCCAGUCCCUGUCAUCUAUUACACAAACCUCCUCACCUCCAAUCUAAUCCAGAUCUGCAUAAUGAUUGUUUGGAUAUUAAGAAUUAGCAGUAGCAUACCUGCUGUUAUUCACAUCUCGUGUGUGAUGGCCAGUCUGUACUUCAGGAUGUGCAUUGCUCUGGAAAGGUGUUUAUACAUCACAUAUCCACUGUUGGACUGCCUCAGACAAACGAGGAGUUCUGUGCUGGUCUGUGUCCUGGUCUGGGCUUUUUGUAUAGUCAGUGUCCCUCUUGCCUUAGUCUUACAUGAAUUAGGACGGUUAGUCAUUUAUGCCGCCCUCCCUGGCCCCCUGUUCAUGUUCUGCUUAGCUCGGACCUUCAGAGGCCUGCCUGCUGCCACCUCAGUGCCCACUGAGGAGAAACGUCGAAGUCUAGGAAUUUUGAUUCUGUUGUUCUUUUAUUACUUUCUAUUAAUUGUUCCCACAAUCAUCUCUCGUUACAUCUUUAUCAUAUUUUCUUUGCUCAGUCCUUUUGUGGACCUGAUUCUGUUUCUUUUCAUGCGAAAAGGACGCAUUGACAAACUGCUGACAUGUCUGUGCUCAGCUGAUGGAAGAGCAGAUCAUCAGUGUGACUGACAGCACAGACAGGUGGGCUGAUGUGGACUUGAUUCUUUUUUUUAUGUGGAAUGGGCGCAUUGACAGGCUGCUGGAGUGCCUGUCUAAAUAGUUUUAAAACUGAUUUUAUAAACUGCUUUAGACACUUUUUAUAUCCCAGGAUUAAACAUUCACCUUUUU